CUUGUUUGGUCUUUGUUCUUUACAUAUUUUUUUUACUUACUUAUUUUCUUGAUUAUUAUUUUUAAAAUAAUUUUUAAAAUUGAAUAUUGUCACAAAGCCCCAACUUCCCCCACUUCUUCCACCACUGUCCCGCUCCAUCGCACCCGCUUUGCUUACAUUACCAAUCCAUCAUUCAUUUUCUUUCUUCUUCUUCCGUUUCUUUUGCCUCUUUCUUUUGUCUUCUUCCUUUGAAUUUUCGUUUUUUUUUUUUUUAUGUAAACCAAACAAACAAAAAAAAAAAGAAACCAAUUUUUUUUUUUUUGUGGCUUUUAAUUUAUUGGGUCUUGUUCUACUUGUAUUAGCCGUUUCAUCUCUUCUUCACAAAAGCAUCUUCUUUCCUCUGUCAAGAUCCUGAAUCAUCGGAUCUGAAAGGGAAACUAGAGUUUCUUGAAUCUUAUUGGAAAUCUCUGGCAAAAGGUUCUAUACUCUUGUCGGUACUCUAAUUCAACCGUGAGAAUUGAAUUCAUAAUCAUCUAUACACAUUGAUAAUACUUGUUGAGGAAGAUGCUAAGUGGAAACAAUGGAAACAAUGUACCACCGGUUUUCAUGAACGAGAACCAGUUGCAAUACCAAACUAACGUACAAUCGAAUCAGCUUCAUUUGCUCAAUACCAUGGGAGGUGGAUGCACUGUUGAUCCAGUAAACUAUUUUGCUAACGAUAAUCUCGUUCCAAUGAUUCGGCAAAACAAAAGAGGAAGAGAAGCCGACAACAACUUUAGUAAUAUCCAAAGACAGCAGAAGCUUCAGAUGUCUUUGAACUAUAAUCAUAACAACAACAUUGGUGUUCGAGAAGAAGUCCCUAAGGAGAAUCUUGUCUCAACUGGUCUUAGACUAUCUUAUGAUGACGAUGAACGCAACUCUUCUGUGACUUCUGCUAGUGGUAACAUUGUAGGUGCUUCUCCUAUCCUUCAGUCGCUCGAUGAUAGUCUUAGGACUGACUUCCAUAGACAAAAAGAUGAGCUUGACCAGUUCAUCAAGAUCCAGGCAGCUCAAAUGGCGAAAGGUGUUAGGGAUAUGAAACAGAGACACAUUGCGUCUUUUCUCACCACAUUAGAGAAAGGAGUGAGCAAGAAGCUCCAAGAGAAAGAUCACGAGAUCAAUGACAUGAACAGGAAGAAUAAAGAGCUGGUGGAGCGGAUAAAGCAAGUGGCAAUGGAAGCUCAGAAUUGGCACUACAGAGCAAAGUACAAUGAGUCUGUGGUUAAUGUCUUAAAGGCAAAUCUCCAACAAGCAAUGUCACACAACAACAAUGUGAUCGCUGCUGCAGACCAAGGCAAAGAAGGGUUUGGAGAUAGCGAGAUAGAUGAUGCAGCUUCGUCAUACAUUGAUCCAAACAACAACAAGAAUAACAACAACAUGGGGAUGCAGAGGAUGAGAUGCAAAACGUGCAACGCAAAGGAAGUAUCGGUGUUGCUUGUGCCAUGUCGGCACUUGAGUUUGUGUACAGAAUGUGAUGUAAUCACUAAGAUUUGUCCUGUAUGCAAGUCUUUGAAAACUUCUAGCGUUCAAGUCUUCUUUUCUUGAAUUUGUGACCAAAAUAGAAGAAAAGAAAAGAAGUAAAAAAAAACAAGAGAGAAUUAUAUAAGUAUUUCGUACUCUUUUUAAACAAGAAUUAUCUUCAAUUAUGUAAAAUUAUUUGUAUCGGUGAGUUAUUCUGCA